GAAUCUGAGCCCAUACGAGGUGUGUGUUUGAGGAUGAAUGUGUUCCUGUUGGUCCCGUUUCUGGCUGCACUGCUGCAGGAGGUGAGAGCCAAGUCCACCCGACAAGGCUGCAAAAACCCUAAAGCUGUGAAGGUGGCUGAAGAAACCCUGGACCUGAUCAACAAGGACCGGACUGAUGGAUACAUCUUGAGCCUGAACAGGAUGUACGAUGUCUCACAUACUCCUCAGCAGGAGAGAGGGUCACUCUAUAAUCUGACUUUUGAUGUUUUGGAGACCAAAUGUCACAUCACCAGCAGGAAGCCCUGGAAACAAUGUGAGAUCAGUGGAGUCUCAGAGGUUCCUGUGUAUGGCGAGUGUGAAGUAUCUGCUCUUGUUGACACUCAGGUUGAACUGAAAAGUUACUCGUGUUCACUGAGGAAAGUUUCCCCUGGUUUAGUUAUAGAGUCGUGCCCAGACUGUCCAACACCUAAUGAACCGAAUGACCCGAUCGUCAUGGAAACAGCCAGACUCUCCUUGAAAAAGUUUAAUGAAGAGUCUCACCUGGAGAAUUACUUCACUCUGGAAAAUAUUACAAAAGACAGAACACAGUGGUUUGCUGGUUGGACCUACGUAGUGGAUUUCACCAUUCUGGAAACGGUGUGUUCAAACAAAACUGAAAUCAGUGAACUGAGCCACUGCCCACCCAUGGAUUGUCAGUUUGCUCAUCGAGGCUUGUGUUUGGGCGUCUACAGGUUCCAGGACUACUUGGAAACCAAGAACUCCAUUGGGAAAACCCCUGACCCGAAUAAUUCUGUAGAGGCGCAUUGUGAGAUCUAUGAACCUCAGGCUGCUGCUGAGGAGGAGCAGGCCCAUAAACAAGCAGACGGAGGCCACGCAGAGCCUCAGCACUCUAACCACACACACCUGCACCCGCAUGAGCACGUGCACACAGCCACACCCACCUCCCACGCCACCAUCUCCAGACCACAAGGCCUCCUGGGUACAAUUGUGUUUCAGGAUCCCUCCCCCAGAUCGGCUCCGUCAGCCCCCUCCUGCCCCGGCCCUCGAAGACACAUACUGGGUAUAAGACAACUCGGGAUCUGAUUGGAUGAAUAAUGCAUCUGAUUCUUUAAAACAUGUCGCUCCAACAAAAUGCAACAAAUUGUAUCUGAUAAGAGGAGAUAAACACAUGCCACCACUCAUUAUUGUAAACACAUCACAUCAUUGACUUUUUUUUUCCUUCAAAUUUUUUAUUUUGAUUUUUUCGUUUUCCAAAUAAACACAAAAAACCAUGAAUACAAUGAAUACAGAAGGAAGAAAAACAAACAAGCAGCCUCCACUCUCAAAAAAAAAAAAGGAUUUAAAAC